UGCAGCCCCAGCGCGGCUCUCCCGAUGCUCCCCAUUUUCGGGGGUUCGCCUCUCCCGCCUGCCCCCCGACAUGCCUGAGCACUCAGCCGCCUCCAGGCUCCGGCUCUCGGGACUCUGCUUCCUCCUCCAAAUCCUCAACAUCCUCCUCUUCGCCGUGCUGGUGCGGUACGGCCCCGAGGGCAGCCCCGGGCCGUGCCCCUCGCAGCUGAACUGCGGCCGGGGAAAGCCGCGCUCGGGUUUCCAGCAGCCCCGUUCCCAGGGUGUCCACAUCCAAGUGCUGCUCAGCUUCGGGCUCCUGGUGGCGUUUCUCAGCCGUUACGGGCCGGGCAGUGCAGCCACCAGCAUCCUCAUGGUGGCCUUGGCCAUCCAGUGGGCUGUUCUGAUCCAGGGGACCCUUCACUCCUUCCUCAAUGGCAAAAUUUACGUGGGAGCUCAGAGCAUGGUCAGUGCUGAUUUCUGCACCGCAGCUGUUCUCAUCUCCACUGGAGCUGUUCUAGGCAGGGUAAGCCCUGUCCAGCUGCUGCUGCUGGCCCUGCUGGAAGUCACCCUGUGCACUCUCAACGAAUACAUCCUGCUCAGCCUGAUGGGGGUGAGCGACAGUGGAGGCUCCCUGACCAUCCACACCUUUGGUGCUUAUUUUGGCUUGGUGGUUUCACGGCUCCUGUACCAGCCCCACAAGGACAGGAGGAAGAGGGAAGAGCAGCAGAACACGGGGCAGCAGGGAGAUGUCUCUGCUGUGGUUGGAACCAUCUUCCUGUGGAUCUUCUGGCCCAGCUUCACCUCCACCACCAGUGCCCACGACACUGCUGAGAGCUGGGCAGUGCUCAACACCUACUUCUCGCUGGUGGCCAGUACUGUGGCCACCUCCAUCCUCUCUCCUGUGCUCUGGGAGGAGAGCACCCCACGGAUGGUUCAGAUCCAGGAUGCCACCCUGGCUGGCAUGGCAGUGAUGGGAAUGGCUGGGGAGAUGCUGGUCACCCCCUUUGGGGCCCUCAUUGCUGGGUUCCUGGCUGGCCUCAUCUGCCCUCUGGGCUUCAGGUUCUUCUCGCCCGUUCUACACUCCAGGCUGAAAAUCCAGGACACCUGUGGGGUUCACAACAUCCACGGGCUGCCUGGGGUACUGGGGGCCUUGCUGGGGACCCUGCUGACGCUGCUGGCCACUGCAGACACUCACGGUGACAGGCUGGAGCUGCUAUUCCCACUGGUGGCCCAGGGCAGCAGGUCAGUCCCUUACCAAGCUCUCCUGCAGCUCAGUGCCCUGCUCCUCACCCUGCUGCUGGCAGCGCUCGGGGGCUGCAUCACAGGCUGCAUCCUGAAAACCAAGAUGCUGAGCGGUUCCCCGGACGCGCCGCCCAUGGAAAACUCCGUUUUCUGUGAGGUGGCUGAGGAGGAGGGUGACCCCAGGGCGAGCAGCAAGGAGCUGGGCACCAGCACCCUGGUGUGAUGCCCCAAACCCCUGGUGAGCUCCCGCACCACCCCUGGAUUGUCACUGUCAUUGCCAGCUGGCUUCUGGCAGCCCGAACUUCCCUGCUCUGCAGGCAGCUCCUGCUCCCAAAAGUUCUGGGAGCAGCUUCACAGGGUGAAGAGGCGCUGCAGCAUCCCAGCGCUUGUGCUGAGCCUGGCUUGGCUCAGCCACUUCCCCUCUCUGCUCCUUGCCUCAGUUUCCCAUCAGCUGCUCUCAGUGGAGGGGAGGAGGGAUGACUGUGUUGGGAAAUGGGCACAG